CCCCAAGUUCCCACAAGGCCCUCCUGCCAUGUCGGACCCAGACGUCCCCAGGGGCCCCGAUGUCCCUGCCAUGUGGCCCCCUUGUUCCAGAGGUGCCUGAGCCCCUCUCCAGGAGCCCAGCCCCUCCCCCACCCGAGCCCAGCCCGGAGCCCCAGGGACCAUGAGUGGUGGUAAGAAGAAAAGUAGUUUUCAGAUCACCAGCGUCACCACGGACUAUGAGGGCCCAGGAAGCCCAGGGGCUUCGGAUUCCCCGGUCCCACCGGCUCUCGCUGGGCCCCCGCCCCGCCUCCCCAAUGGGGACCCCAACCCUGAUCCAGGGGGCAGGGGCACCCCCCGGAAUGGCUCUCCGCCACCUGGAGCCCCUGCCUCCCGUUUCCGGGUGGUGAAGCUGCCCCAAGGUUUGGGAGAGCCUUAUCGUCGAGGUCGGUGGACGUGUGUGGAUGUUUACGAGAGAGAGCUGGAGCCCCCAAGCUUCGGUCGGCUUCUGGAGGGAAUCCGAGGGGCCUCGGGAGGCACCGGAGGCCGAUCAUUGGAUUCUAGGUUGGAGCUGGCUAGUUUGGGCAUCAGCACCCCUAUCCCGCAGUCAGGCCUGUCUCAGGGCCCCACCUCUUGGCUCCGCCCGCCCCCUACUUCUCCUGGACCCCAGGCCCGCUCCUUCACCGGGGGGCUGGGCCAGCUGGCAGGACCUGGCAAGGCUAAGGUGGAGACACCCCCGCUGUCAGCUUCUCCGCCGCAGCAGCGCCCCCCAGGGCCUGGGACUGGAGAUAGUGCNCAGGCCCUGCCCUCGCUGAGGGUAGAAGCGGAGUCUGGGGGUUCAGCAGCCGGAACCCCUCCGCUGUCACGGAGAAGAGAUGGAGCAGCUCGGCUGAGGAUGGAGUUGGCUGCUCCAGAGGAGACAGGGAAGGUAAGAGAUGGGUUCAUGGGGGCGGGGCGGGACCUGCUGUACCCAGGCGGCUGA